CCAAACUUCCACACCUCAAUGACGACCCCCUACAUCUGCACCUCGUGCCGCCGCAGCCUCAAAUCAAGUCCGCAAACCUACAAUGGCGCCGUCAAGAGGCUGUACACCCGCCCUUCCUUCGCGCCCAAACCCGUCCUCGACCUAAAGCACAUUCGCCAGAACCCAGGCUUGUACGAGCAAAACUGCCUCGAUCGCAACUACGGCGCUCACGCGCAGAACUCGUGGCGGAUCCUUGAACUGCACAAUGAAGUUGCGAAGAAACAGGCGGAGAUUCUGGAGGUCAGGAGGAGGAAUAAUGCGCUUGGGAGGGAGAUACAGCAGCAGGCGGGCACGAGUAGCGAUACAUGCAGACAGGGUAGCGGGGUGAGCGCGCUGGUGGAAGAAGCGCGGCGGCUGAAAGAGGAUUUGCAGAAGUUCGAACAGUGGGAGAGCGCGGCGAGAGAGCAGAUGGAAAAACUGGCGAUUGAUUUGCCAAACCUGAGCUCGAAUGUUACGCCCGUGGGGGAAGAGCCUGAGCUUUUGGGGUACGUCAAUGAAUCGCAUGGACGCAAGGAGGGCAGGAGUCAUGUCGAGAUUGGCAAGGAGCUGGAUAUACUGGACUUCGAGGCUAGCGCGGUCACCAGCGGGUGGGGAUGGUACUUUUUGAAGAAUGAGGGCGCGCUGCUGGAGCAGGCGUUGAUACAGUACGCCCUUGCCGUGGCGAUGAGAAAGGGUUGGAGAGUCAUGACGCCUCCGAGUCUGGUGUACAGCCAUAUUGCUAGUGGAUGUGGGUUCAUGCCGCGCGAUCAGAAUGGGGAGACGCAGAGAUACGAAAUUGCUGGCGAUGCGAGCUCACCUGCAGAUGCUGACAAGCCAAGUCUCGUCCUGGCUGGAACGGCAGAGAUACCGUUUGCUGGAUCGCAAGCAGGAAGGACGUUGAAGGCGAGCGCUUUGCCAUUGAAAGUCAUAGGGCCUUCGAGAUCGUACAGGGCUGAGGCAGGAGCCAGAGGAGUGGACACGAAAGGCCUCUAUCGUGUACACGAGUUUACGAAAGUAGAGAUGUUCGCAUGGACUUCUCCACCGACGACCUCGACAUCGCAAGACGGGAAUCGAUUCGACUCGGAUGAUGAGCUCGAUGAGCUCGAUCAAACGCGAAGGGUGUUCGACGAGAUGCUCUCCAUCCAAACGGAGAUCCUCACCAAUCUCGGCCUCCACGCCAGAGUGCUCGAAAUGCCCACCACGGAUCUGGGCGCUUCCGCGACGCGCAAAGUUGACAUUGAGGCCUUCUUUCCGUCGCGCGCUGCCAUCAACGAAGGCUACGGUGAGGUCACCAGUGCGAGCAUCUGCACCGACUAUCAAAGUCGACGAUUGGGCACCAGAGUCAAGGACGAUCGGGGCGGGAAGCCGAUCUGGCCGUACACGGUCAAUGGUACUGCCAUUGCCAUUCCAAGAGUUCUGGCGUGUUUGUUGGAGACUGGAUGGGAUGAGUCGUCGAGGACGGUCAACAUCCCCACUGCCUUGAGGCCGUACAUCCUUGGAGGCAUCGAGAAGAUUGGGCCGGUUGGUCUCCGUAGUGUGAAAUGAAAUGCUGUGGAGCGUUGCUCGUACAAACAUGCGGAAUCGCGGCGCAGUCAUCGCGUUUCCGCGCUAUCAACCAU